AUGAGAGUGAGCUCGAGAAAAGUCAGAAGCGUAGUAAAGGGAAAUGCACGUCAGAAGUACUACCUCGCACUUGGCUCUGGAAUAUUUUUAUUUUGCACAAUGCACGUCUGGCACUCGAUACGCUCCGGGACUCUCAAGCGACAUGAACACAUGCUCAACUCGCUGAGGGCGCAGCAAGAAAAUGUUGGCUUCUUCCGGGAAAUCAUAAACGAAGUGCGCGAGGUGGAGGAGGAGGUAAUUGAAGUCGUCAAACAAGAUGUCGAAGCUGUCGAGGAAGAAAUUGUAUGGGCGGAGAAGGAAGUCGAAUCCGUUGCAGAUAAUGCUAACCCUGCAGCGGGUCUUGGCGGUGGCGUGUCUAAGGAGCUCUCGUCCAUCUGGGGCGCAGACUCGCCCGGCUGGAAACUGACUUCUGGAGAGGGCCUCCCGCCCGCCCAGCGCAAAUACUCCUACGACGUGGACUACUUCGCUCCCGUUCCAAAUACGAAAUUCGUCUUUCACAACAAACUUCCAAAGUGCGGAUCGACAACGAUGCAUAAUAUUGUCGGCUUGCUAAGUCGGAAGAAUAAUUUUACGUAUUGGAAGAUCAUGAGCGGCGUAAUGAAAUUUACUGACGAAGAAACGUUAAUCCAAGCCUUGAAAAUGCGCUACCGAGAGCCCUUUUUCCUCCUUCAGCAUCAUUUCUGGAUGGAUUUCAACAAAUACUCGAUGCAUCAGCCGACCUUUGUGAACAUGAUUCGCGACCCCAUCGCCUGGUUCCAGAGUCACUACACUUUUAUGCGAUUUGGAAUGAAUAAGGGCCGCAGCGAAAAUGAUCCAAAACUUGGCUCUGACAUUGACGAUUGUAUCAAAAACAAAGAAAAGAACUGUGUGAGCAACCAGUGGACCUACAUCGAGUUUUUCUGCGGUUCAGAAAAGCUCUGUGCAACGAUGAAAGCAGCUUACGACUCGGGCGAUUUGGACGUGAAACGUCAGGUGCUAGAAAUCGUCAAACGCCGAGUGGUGAACGACUACUUCAUCGUUGGAAUUUUGGAGCAGUUUGAAGACACGCUGCAGCUUUUUGAAACGAUGCUUCCGAUGUUUUACAAGGGCGCCAUGGACGCAUGGAAAUCUGACUAUAUCCAGUUCCGGCGCAACCAAACAAAAACAUCAGACAAGGAGCCCCUCUCGGAUUUCGCGCGGGAUUACUUGGAAAAGAACACGCUCAGCUACGAAAUUGACUUUUACUGGUUCACACGGCAGCUCUUCAACGAGCGUGUAAGGGCAUUAGGCAUUACGCCAUCGACAAAUCUGGACACGUAA